CAGUCAUCUGGUCAGGCGCGUGUGGCACGUGUAAUCGUAAAAAUGUCUGACGGUGGGAAAAAGAAUAAUAAACCUAAAAUGGAGAAAAGACGACGAGCAAGAAUGAAUGCCUCUCUAGGCGAAUUAAAGGCUUUACUCUUGGAUUCUAUGAAAAGAGAUGGAACUAAGCAUAAUAAAAUGGAAAAGGCUGAUAUCCUCGAGUAUACAGUUCAAUAUUUAAGGAGAAUUCAACGCCAAGAGUUUUCAGUCGCUGCUGCUUCCGAUCCAUCAAUUUUGAAUAAAUACUACGCCGGCUACAAUGAAUGUACGGAGGAAGUUUCAAAAUUUUUAUUAUCAGCCGAUAUUGAUUCGGAUUUAAGAACCCGUUUAGUAGAACACUUAACGUCCUGUUCAACGAUACGAAAAGCCGAUCCCAACAACAAUAACGUUCUACCAAUGACUUUUGUCCUACCGGAAAGAUCCAAUUAUUUAGUUAUAACAAAUUCAACACCAGAAAAGGCUAUACUUAUGCAACUUCCGUUGGAAAAAAAGAGAUCUGGUUCUCCUUGCUCAUCGGAUUGCUCACCUCCAAAGUGCUCAAAAUCUGAAGAUCAUUGGAGACCUUGGCAAAAGAACAUUAUGUGACCAUAUGAAUUUCUAGAAUAUUUAAUAAACAAUUUUUUAAAGAAAAGAGAUAAAUGAUAAAAUAGAGAAUUAAUGACAAAAAAAGAGAGAACAAAUUUCAGGAAGAGAAAUUGAGCAUUUCUGAAUGUAAAAUAUGAAUGAAAAGACUUUUUUAUUGGUUGUGAAUUUAAUGACAGAAA